CCCCCGAUUCCGCCUCUGGGGCUGGGAGCCUCCGCGUCUUUCUCCUCUCCCUUUGGGGCGCUUGUGGGGCAGCAUCCAUGGCUUUCCCUGGGGUCCCCCUGAUGCUGCUGCUGGGGGCGCUGGCCAGGAUCCCCGGAAGCGAAGGGGAGAAGGAGACCCCCGCCCAUUUCCUGCUCCAGGCGAAGGAGGAGUGCCUCUUCCUGAACGGGACGCAGCGGGUGAGAUACCUGUUCAGGGAGACCUAUGACCGGCAGGAGAUUUUCCGCUUCGACAGCGACUACGGGGAGUUCGAGGCCGUCACUCCAUUGCUGCAGCCUGAUGUGGACGCUUGGAACAGAGAUAAGCACCGCCUGCAGAUCAUGAAAUCCCAAGUGAAUCUCUGCCGGCACAACUACGAGGCGGCCCAGACGGGGCAGGUGGUUGGCCGGAGAGCCAAGCCCACCGUCACCAUCUCCCCCACCAAGAUGGACCCCACUUCCCCCAACACCAUCCUCCUCUGCACCGCGACGGGCUUUUACCCCGUGGAGAUCGAGAUCCAGUGGCUGAAGAAUGGGCAGCCAGAGAAGGAGGGCGUGGCCUUUACGGAGGAGCUCCAGAACGGAGACUGGACCUACCAGCUCCAGGUGAUGCUGGAGACCCAACCCCAGCGGGGGGACGUCUACACUUGCAAGGUGGAGCACGCCAGCCUGGAGGCCCCCAUCACUGUCCAGUGGGAGCCCCGUUCCUCCAGCUCUGCCCGGAGCAAACUCUGGACGGGGAUCAUGGGGGCCGUGAUAGGAGUGGCCUUCCUGGCUGUGGGGCUCUUCUCCUACCUGAAGAGCAAGAAAGCAACUCCCAUCCAACCACCUGCAGCACUCAUGAAUUAAUUCUGCUCUCUGAUGCAAAAGGAUUUUUUUUUUCUUUAGUAGCUGAUGACUCUUUGUCCUGUUUGCAACUUCUGAAAAAUGGAGGCUGAAGGUGGCAAGUUGGGGGAAGAAGGAGAAUGGCAGCCUGGACCUUCUCCUGCUGAGACCCCCUCCCCUCCAAACUUCCUAUGGGGCAUCCCUUUCUUGGGAAGGGAGGGUUGGAGACCAUCUAGACUGUCCCCAAGGAUGCUGAGCUGACCUGUAGCUCUAGUCCCCUCAUCUCUCCUGGCUUUGAACCCACAGCAGCUUCAUCUCCAUCACUCUUCCUCCAAAUCACUUCCCUUCAGUUUGCUGUAAAAGAAUAAACUUCUGAUGUAAGAAACCCUGGAAUCCUUCCUUCCUCUUCCUCCUCUUCCUCUUUCCUGCCCGCACAGGAGGCUCCUCCCUCUGCUGCCUCUGGAUCCACCAUCUCGGCUACUUUGGGUCCAAAGCCAGAACUGCUUCGGGAGGAGGGUGGGCAGAUCCAGAGAGGGGAAGGGGCUCAACCCCCUCCUGCUUGAAGGUCCCAUUGCUCUACUUCCCCUCAAGCCCCCUUUUGAAGAGCAGAAUGCCAGCAGACACCAUCCUCCCCAGGCACCUGUGGGGAGCCACUGGGGGGCACCUGAGACUCCCCCUACAUUCAUGCAGCCAUUUCAGCCAUUUCUCUCCUUCACAGCUAGAGGGUCCUGCCCCAUUUUGGCAUCUAACGCCUCCCUCCCUCUUUGGGGCUCAGAUUCUCAUGGUAUUUAGGGUCUCCUGCUUGAUGGUAUAAAUGGUGUAGGGUCUCCCCUACUCAAGCAGGGGGUUGAACUAGAUGACCUCUGAAAAAUCUACCUUAAGCCAUUCGUGGAGUAGAAGACAUUUGUCACAGAGGGAAAGAGGGAGGGGUUCAGUGGGGCAGCCCUGAAGGGAGGACUCCUCCCUUUUUCCCAGCAUCCCUAGAUGCCUCUAAGUAGCCCUCCAAUUGAGCCUUGCCCCCUCCAGAGGUCAUCCAGACUGGCUCUGCAGGAUUCCAGAGGCCUCGAUCUCUUAAGGGCAGAAUUUCCCCCUCCUCUUCCUCAUCUGGGGUCGUGGGAUCAUCAUAUGAAGAAUCUGUCAGUGUGUGAUUGUAGGAUUUGUCUCAAACACGGAGAAGAUUUGGGCUCCUGUGAACAAUAACUGCCCUUGCAAGAUAGUGUGGGGGCAGCUGGAGAAGGGACAACACCAAAUGUAUAA